CGAAUGUCACAGCUCUGUACGUGUAUGUGUGUGUUAGUUAGUUUCCCUGCAGCACUGAACACACACACACACACACACACACACACACACACAUGAAUGCGAGUUAGCGUGUGUUUGGCAUGUUCUGGUGAGAAUGGAUGCUCUGGAGAUCUCCACACGAAACCCACAAGACGAUUUUGAGAUUCUCCUGCGGGUCGGUGGAGGGACAUAUGGAGAAGUUUACAAGGCACGUAAUAAACAGAGUGAGGAACUGGCAGCUAUUAAAAUCAUCAAAAUGGAGCCGGAGGACGAUUUCUCUGUCAUCCAGCAAGAGAUUGUGAUAGUGAAGACGUGUAAACACAGAAAUAUUGUGGCGUAUUACAGCAGUUAUAUCAGGAUGAAUAAAUUGUGGAUCUGUAUGGAGUACUGCGGCGGAGGAUCUCUACAGGACAUUUAUCACGUGACCGGUCCACUAUCAGAGCUGCAGAUCGCUUACGUCUGCCGAGAGAUGCUGCAGGGUCUUGACUAUCUACACGGACAGAAAAAGAUCCACCGAGACAUCAAGGGUGCAAAUAUUCUGCUGAACGAUCAUGGAGAAGUGAAACUGGCGGACUUUGGCAUCUCCGCACAGAUCACAGCAACCUUUGCCCGCCGGAUGUCCUUCAUCGGGACGCCCUAUUGGAUGGCGCCGGAAGUGGCCGCAGUGGAGAUUAAAGGAGGAUAUAACGAGCUGUGCGACAUCUGGUCUGUGGGAAUUACGGCGAUAGAACUAGCAGAACUACAACCGCCACUGUUUGAUGUUCAUCCUCUGAGGGUUUUGUUCCUCAUGUCCAAGAGCGGCUAUCAGCCCCCCAAACUUAAAGACAAAUCAAAAUGGUCGACGGUGUUCUACAGCUUUGUGAAGUCUAUGUUGAUCAGGAACCCCAAAAAGAGACCAAGUGCUAAAAAGAUGCUAACACACUUGUUUGUAACGCAGCAGCAUUUGAAGACGGAGUUAACUCUUGAACUGCUGGACAAACUCAGACACCCUGAGAAACUCAAAGACUGUUUACAGACUGAUGACGAUGACUCGGAGGUCGUUGUACCCACAUCCUUUCGAAGAAUUCACUCAGUAAACCGACACAACCGGGCGGAGAGAACGAACUCCGAUAUCAGCUUGGAAAAAAUUUACACACAAAGACCACCAGCCAACAAACAACAAUCUUCAGAGGGGACGUUACGAACUUCAGCAGGUCAGUGGACGAGUCGUCCUCCCACUCCCAACAGAGAGCCAAUCAGAAAGGAAAGUUUGGACACAGACGACGAUUAUGAUGACGUGGAAAUACCUCCGACUUAUUUUUUGAGUAACACGCUGCCGCACAGUGAUGAAGUUCCUCCUCCUCUUCCUCCUAAACCGAAGAACCGCAGUAGUUCAGGGGAGAGCAUGACUGCAGACGAGGAUCACGGUAAAGCUCUGUGUGUGAGCGGACCCUCACCUUUACUCAGGACGUCCAGUGGCACACAAACACACACAAGGCCCAUCCCGCGACCACGAUCUGUACGGAGUGUGAAUUCAGAUCCGUCAUCAUUCUCUAGUUUUCACACUGAUCCUCCUGCAGAACUUCAGCCUCCUGAACUGCCACCAAAGGACAGAAGACGCAGACAAGCUCCACAGGAUCCAGUGGAGUGUGUCAGUCCUGUGAUCAAGAAGCCACCGAUCGUGUUCCGGAAGGUGUUUCAUGGCUGUCCGCUGAAGGUGAACUGCUCCACCCCGUGGGAACACCCCGUCAGUAAAGAUCAACACCUGAUCUUUGGCGCAGACGAGGGGAUCUUCACACUGAACCUGAACAGCUCUGAGACCACCAUGGAGCUGCUCUUUCCAGGCAAGUGUGUGUGGCUGUACACCAUCGGAAACGUGUUAAUGUCUGUGUCAGGGAAGUCUUCUCAGCUUCACUCUCACUCUCUGAAGGAACUGUACGAACAGACGCGCAGAGAGCACCGGAUAGUUGCCUUGCCAACACACAGACUGUUGCCGCGGAAGUUUGCAAUCAGCACAAAGAUUCCAGAUACAAAAGGCUGCAGAAUGUGUUCAGUAGCUCAGAACACUCAGAAGGCGUGUGUGUUCCUGUGUUGUGCACUGGAGUGCAGUGUAGUUCUGUUGCAGUGGUAUGAGCCCAUGCAAAAGUUCAUGCUCAUCAAGCAAUUUGAUUUCCCGCUGCCGAGUCCUCUGCGUGUGUUCGAGAUGCUGGUGGUUCCGGAGCAGGAGUAUCCACAGGUGUACAUCCGAGUCAGCAGAGGAACCAGCCUGACACAACCUGUCCAGCUCCGAUACAUCGACCUCAACUCAAACACAUCCUGGUUCGCUGAUACCGGACUCGAGAGUCGCGGUGCUGACAGAGUUCAGCUGAAUCAGCUGGACAGUGACACACUGCUGGUUUUGAUUGACAACUCUGUAUAUACUGUCAAUUUGGAGGGGUCAACAAAAUACCACAGACACCUACAGACUGACGUCAACUUUAAACUAGACAUCGACGCUGUGGUGUAUCACGACGACACGUUGAUCGCGGUCUGGAGACACGGCUGGCAGAGGAGAGGUCAGGGCUUCUCGGAGAUCCUGCAGGAAAUCACAGACCCCAAAAAAACCUUCCGCCUGGUGGGAUCCGACAGAACUGUUGUCAUGGAGAAACGAGCCUGUGAUGACCAAUCAGGACUCUGUAAUCUCUACAUCCUGGAGACGGUUGACUCCGCCCCUGAUUCCUGAGUGUGUGUGUGCUGUUAUACAAAGUGUGAUCACUCCGGAAAGCUCCAUUUUCCAUUUUCCAUUUUCCUUGAUUUACUGUAUGUUAAACUCCUCCUGGUGUUAAUAAAGAUGUCCAUCUGAAUGUGAAAACACACCACACUUCUGUUUCUUCUGUGUCUGUGUUUGUGCGAUUUCUCAGUGAACAGUCCAUCCAUGAACCAUUAUGUUUGGAAAUCUGAUCUUUUUUUGUAUUUGUUUUGAUUUCCUCCCCAAUAAAAACACCCAAUUCCCAAUGCGCUCUGAGUCCUCGUGGUGGUGUAGUGACUCGCCUCAAUCCGGGUGGCGGAGGACGAAUCUCAGUUGCUUCCGCGUCUGAGACCGUCAAUCCGCGCAUCUUAUCACGUGACUUGUUGAGCGCGUUACCAUGGAGACGUAGCGCGUGUGGAGGCUUCACGUUAUUCUCCGUGGCAUCCACACACAACUCACCACACGCCCCACCGAGAACCACAUUAUAGUGAUCACGAGGAGGUUACCCCAUGUGACUCUACCCACCCUAGCAACCGGGCCAAUUUGGUUGCUAAGGAGACCUGGCUGGAGUCACUCAGCACGCCCUGGACUCAAACUCACGACUCCAGGUGUGAUAGUCAGCGUCAGUACUCGCUGAGAUACACAGACCCUCCCUAGCAACCGGGCCAAUUUGGUUGCUAAGGAGACCUGACUGGUGUCACUCAUCACGCCCUGGAUUCAAACUCACGACUCCAGCUGUGAUAGUCAGCGUCAAUACUCGCUCAGAUACACAGACCCCCACAAAUCUGAUGUUUUUAAGAUGUUUAGCAGAUGUUAUUUAGACUCCGAUAGCACACGGACAUCUCCGAGAUGUCUGAUUUAUAUCUGGUCACCUGGAAAGCGUCGCACUCUAAUUAAUAUCUGCCAUGCAUAAUGAGGAGGAGUAAUUUUGGAGAAAUACAACCACUUUUAAAUAUUCCUUUUAGAGGUGCAUUUAUCCCUGUUAUAUUAAAGCACUCAUGAAAUGCAAUUCUUUUAUAAUUUUGUGAUCGUCCCUGAGCUCCACUGAUGAUUUCAGUAAAGUAUUUUGCACAAUAACUGUCAUAGUUUAAUAAUAAAAGAUCAUUA